UGUGUGGUUCUCCACCCCCACCCCCCCAGCUGAGUGGAGGAGUUGAUAUGUCUCAUUAUAACAGCCAAUGCAGCCGCCAUCCACGCACAAGCAAAGAAGCAUGUCCCAUUUAAAUACACCCACGCAGCCCCAGCGCCCUUAGCCGAUCAGGGCGCGCAGCCCACACGCACCGCGGCUCCGGGCUUGGAGAUCCGCGCAGGUCGGGCUCGGGAUCCCGCGGAUCGACGCUCUCGGAAGAUCGGCACCGGACUCUUGUGGGGCCCGGGUGGGCGGGGGAGGCUGGGCCCCGGGCCUCUCUGGCGGACAGCCGCAUGAGGACGCGAGCGAAAUAGACCAGGGUGGAAUUGCCAAGGCAGACGCUUCGGGGUGGUUUGGUCCAUUUCUCCCGCGAAGAGUCGACAUGGCGAGCGACUCCCCAGCUCGCAGCCUGGAUGAAAUCGAUCUCUCCGCCCUGAGGGACCCUGCAGGGAUCUUUGAGUUGGUGGAACUUGUCGGAAAUGGGACGUAUGGUCAAGUUUAUAAGGGUCGUCAUGUCAAAACAGGACAGCUUGCAGCCAUCAAGGUUAUGGAUGUCACAGGGGAUGAAGAGGAAGAAAUCAAACAAGAAAUUAACAUGUUGAAGAAAUAUUCUCAUCACAGGAACAUUGCAACAUACUACGGUGCUUUCAUCAAAAAGAACCCUCCAGGCAUGGAUGACCAACUGUGGCUGGUGAUGGAGUUCUGUGGUGCUGGCUCCGUCACUGACCUGAUCAAGAACACGAAAGGCAACACACUGAAAGAAGAGUGGAUCGCAUACAUCUGCAGGGAGAUCUUACGGGGCCUGAGUCACCUGCACCAGCACAAAGUGAUUCACCGAGACAUCAAAGGGCAGAACGUCUUGCUGACUGAAAAUGCAGAAGUUAAGCUAGUGGACUUUGGAGUGAGUGCCCAGCUUGACCGAACAGUGGGCAGGAGGAACACAUUCAUUGGAACCCCGUACUGGAUGGCACCGGAAGUCAUUGCCUGUGAUGAGAACCCAGAUGCCACGUAUGAUUUCAAGAGUGACUUGUGGUCUUUGGGAAUCACCGCCAUUGAGAUGGCAGAGGGCGCGCCCCCCCUCUGUGACAUGCAUCCCAUGAGAGCCCUCUUCCUCAUCCCCCGGAACCCAGCACCUCGCCUCAAGUCAAAGAAGUGGUCAAAAAAAUUCCAGUCGUUUAUUGAGAGCUGCUUGGUAAAGAAUCACAGUCAGCGACCAGCCACCGAGCAAUUGAUGAAGCAUCCGUUCAUACGAGACCAACCUAACGAGAGACAGGUCCGCAUCCAGCUGAAGGACCACAUCGACAGAACAAAGAAGAAGCGAGGAGAAAAGGAUGAGACCGAGUAUGAAUACAGCGGAAGUGAGGAAGAAGAGGAAGAGAAUGACUCUGGGGAGCCCAGCUCCAUUCUGAACCUGCCAGGAGAGUCGACGCUGCGGCGAGACUUCCUGCGACUGCAGCUGGCCAACAAGGAGCGCUCAGAGGCGCUGCGGCGACAGCAGCUGGAGCAGCAGCAGCGGGAGAAUGAGGAACACAAGCGGCAGCUGCUGGCGGAGCGCCAGAAGCGCAUUGAGGAGCAGAAGGAGCAGAGGCGGAGGCUGGAGGAGCAACAAAGGCGAGAGAAGGAGCUCCGGAAACAGCAGGAGCGGGAACAGCGCCGGCACUAUGAAGAGCAGAUGCGCAGGGAGGAGGAGCGCAGGCGCGCAGAGCAUGAGCAGGAAUACAUCAGGCGACAGUUAGAGGAGGAGCAAAGACAGUUAGAGAUCUUACAGCAGCAGCUCCUGCAUGAACAAGCUCUACUUCUGGAAUACAAGCGCAAACAGCUGGAAGAGCAGAGGCAAGCGGAAAGGCUUCAGAGGCAGCUGAAGCAAGAGAGAGACUACCUGGUCUCCCUCCAGCAUCAGCGACAAGAGCAGAGGCCCCUGGAGAAGAAGCCACUGUACCACUACAAGGAGGGCAUGAGUCCCAGCGAGAAGCCGGCCUGGGCCAAAGAGGUAGAAGAACGCUCAAGACUAAACCGACAGAGCUCACCUGCUAUGCCUCACAAGGUUGCCAACAGGAUCUCUGACCCCAACCUGCCCCCAAGAUCGGAGUCCUUCAGCAUUAGUGGGGUUCAGCCUGCCCGGACACCCCCAAUGCUCAGACCUGUUGACACCCAGAUCCCUCAGCUGGUAGCUGUGAAAUCCCAGGGACCUGCCUUGACCGUCUCCCAGUCCGUGCACGAGCAACCCACCAAGGGCCUGUCUGGGUUCCAGGAGGCUCUGAAUGUGACCUCUCACAGGGUCGAGAUGCCACGCCAGAACUCGGAUCCCACCUCAGAAAACCCUCCUCUGCCCACUCGCAUUGAGAAGUUCGACCGAAGCUCUUGGUUACGACAGGAGGAAGACAUUCCACCAAAGGUGCCUCAAAGAACAACUUCUAUAUCCCCAGCAUUAGCCAGGAAGAAUUCCCCUGGGAAUGGCAGUGCUCUGGGCCCCAGGCUUGGAUCUCAACCUAUCAGAGCAAGUAAUCCUGAUCUCCGCAGAACAGAGCCCAUCCUGGAGAGCCCCCUGCAGCGGACCAGCAGUGGCAGUUCCUCCAGCUCCAGCACUCCCAGCUCCCAGCCCAGCUCCCAAGGAGGCUCUCAGCCUGGGUCACAAGCAGGAUCUAGUGAACGAACUAGAGUUCGGGCCAACAGUAAGUCAGAAGGAUCCCCUGUGCUCCCCCACGAGCCCACCAAGGUGAAACCUGAAGAAUCCAGAGACAUCACCCGGCCCAGUCGGCCAGCUAGCUAUAAGAAAGCCAUCGAUGAGGAUCUGACGGCAUUAGCCAAAGAAUUAAGAGAACUCCGGAUUGAAGAAACAAACCGUCCACUGAAGAAAGUGACUGAUUACUCCUCCUCCAGUGAGGAGUCGGAGAGCAGUGAGGAGGAGGAAGAAGACGGGGAGAGCGAGACGCACGAUGGGACGGUGGCUGUCAGUGACAUCCCCAGACUAAUACCAACAGGAGCUCCAGGGAGUAACGAGCAGUACAGCGUGGGGAUGGUCGGGACGCACGGGCUGGAGACUUCGCACGCCGACACCUUUGGCGGCAGUAUUUCAAGAGAAGGAACCUUAAUGAUCAGAGAGACGGCUGAAGAGAAGAAGCGAUCUGGCCACAGUGACAGUAAUGGCUUCGCGGGUCACAUCAACCUCCCAGACCUUGUGCAGCAGAGUCAUUCCCCAGCCGGGACUCCCACCGAGGGACUGGGUCGUGUCUCCACCCAUUCCCAGGAGAUGGACCCUGGAACUGAAUAUGGCAUGGGGGGCAGCACCAAAGCCUCCUUCACCCCCUUCGUGGACCCCAGAGUGUACCAGACGUCGCCCACUGAUGAAGAUGAAGAAGAUGACGAGUCCUCCGCUGCUGCCCUGUUUACUAGUGAGCUUCUUAGGCAAGAACAGGCUAAACUCAAUGAAGCAAGGAAGAUUUCAGUGGUAAAUGUGAACCCAACCAACAUUCGCCCUCAUAGUGACACGCCGGAAAUCAGAAAAUACAAGAAACGCUUCAAUUCCGAAAUACUCUGUGCAGCUCUGUGGGGUGUGAACCUUCUGGUGGGAAGAAAUGGCCUGAUGCUUUUGGACAGAAGCGGCCAAGGCAAAGUCUACAAUCUGAUCAACCGGAGGCGGUUCCAGCAGAUGGAUGUACUAGAAGGACUGAAUGUUCUUGUGACGAUAUCAGGAAAGAAGAAUAAGCUCCGUGUUUACUAUCUCUCCUGGUUAAGAAAUAGAAUACUGCACAAUGACCCGGAAGUGGAAAAGAAGCAGGGCUGGAUCACAGUCGGGGACCUGGAAGGCUGUAUACAUUACAAAGUUGUUAAAUAUGAGAGAAUCAAGUUCUUGGUGAUCGCCUUAAAGAAUGCAGUGGAGAUAUAUGCUUGGGCCCCUAAACCUUACCACAAGUUCAUGGCGUUUAAGUCUUUUGCAGAUCUUCAGCAUAAGCCUCUGCUUGUUGACCUCACAGUGGAAGAAGGUCAAAGGUUAAAGGUCAUUUUUGGCUCUCACACUGGUUUCCAUGUAAUUGAUGUUGAUUCUGGAAACUCCUAUGAUAUCUACAUACCAUCCCAUAUUCAGGGCAACAUCACUCCUCAUGCUAUUGUUAUCUUGCCCAAAACGGAUGGAAUGGAAAUGCUGGUCUGCUAUGAGGAUGAGGGGGUGUACGUGAACACCUACGGCCGGAUCACGAAGGAUGUGGUGCUCCAGUGGGGAGAAAUGCCCACGUCUGUGGCCUACAUUCAUUCCAAUCAGAUAAUGGGCUGGGGCGAGAAAGCUAUUGAGAUCCGGUCAGUGGAAACAGGACAUUUGGAUGGAGUAUUUAUGCAUAAGCGAGCUCAAAGGUUAAAGUUUCUAUGUGAAAGAAAUGAUAAGGUGUUUUUUGCAUCCGUGCGGUCUGGAGGAAGUAGCCAAGUGUUUUUCAUGACCCUCAACAGAAAUUCCAUGAUGAACUGGUAACGGAAGAGCACUUGGCACUUAUCUUCACACGUUCUUUCUAAUGUAAAAGAACAUAACCCAUGUGGACGUGUGCCAGUCUAGAGGCAGACCCAGAAGGCCUGGUUGAACAUACCGCUCGCUCCCCUGUUUCCUCUCCCUCCAGCCCUCCCAAAAGAGUCCCCUCUUUCUGUGUUGCAGCCUGGUUGAGAAGGAGAGAAAGAGGUGGCAGGAAUGUCUGGGAGACCCCGAGGAUGCUGCAUUGUCUCUGGACAGAGUUGGACCUUGUGCCCUUCGGAGUUAGGGAUAGGAACAAAUAUCGUGUGCUUUUAUGGUUAAGCUGUGUUUGUACUGGGUUUUCAGUUCUUUUGGUUUGGGUUUUUUUUAACUAUUUUUUCUUUACCCCCUUGUUUUGUAAGAAUGGGGAAGAAUGCAUACUGGGAAAUUAGUCUUCUUCUUUUUUUUUUUUUUUUAAUUCUGUCUGCCUGCUAGCUUUAAGUAUAUGGUAUGUUGUAAAAUUUCCAAUUCCCAGUAGUGAGAGACAGCACAAUCAAUGUACUUCUCUCCCUGCACUGAAGGCCAUAACCACAUUGUCGUGUAAUUUAAGGACUCUCUUGCCUUCCCCAACCCAAGAGGCUGUUUUGUUAUUUUUUUUAAUUGCUACUGGCUAAUGAAUUUUUGAAAGAGAACAAAAUAGCUGGUUUUCUCCUCUCUGGGGAAAGAGAUUUUAAAUGGCUAAACUACUAGCCUUACUCUAAUAAAAUCAACUACCACUUUUGUGAGUCUGACAGGCCGUAUUUUGAUAUGGCCCUUUCUAGAAUGGAGGGUGUUGAAUGGGACAGAGAUGCCAUUGAGUUGAGUGGGCUUGUGUUUGGGGAGGGACUUUGCGGUGCCAUUGUCCCUCGAUUAUUAUGCAACAGAUCAGGGCAAAACAUGGAUGACAGGUGUGUCACCCAGAAGGAGCGUCUGAGCAAUGAGCUAAUAUGUCUAUGUAAAUACACACAUGUUCUUUCUUCAAGGUACUAUGUCUCCCUGCUAAGAGGUCCCUUCACUUGGCCUUUGUUAGGACUGAGACUGAUCGAGAUCUUUCCUGGAGCUGGGGUUACAUGGCAACCAUGCUCUGGAAACCCAGUUCCCUCCCGAGGGUGCCACUUUCUCAAGAUAAAAACUGUGACAAAGAAGAAUUCCUAAUAAAUGUUUCUGAGCUGCCUGUGUUCUCACUGGGUAAAGGGACUAGACUCUUCCGCCUGCCACAGACACAGCAGGCACCAACAGCUCGGAUUUUAGGGAACCUGAAGGCAAGGCUUUGGCCAGAAUUCUGAGACCCUAAUCACGUUAUGUUCCUCCAAACUUCCCAACAUACUGUUAACAACAUCUGUGCAGAGGUGUGUAUGUGUUUAGUUCAGGUUGACUUGUGUCCUUAUAAACCCUUACUCGAAUGAUUUGAUCCUUUAUGUGACUGGCUGGGAUUUUUCCCAAAGCUGUAAGCAUGGCCGCCUAUGGUAUCCAGGUGUCGCAACAUGGUAUCUGUGCUCUGCUUCCUGUUUUAACCUACCUCGUUUUGUUGGUUUUUGUUUCUCUGUUCAUCACAGCAGUGUUAGCUCCAGGAGACAUAUAGAGAGCUCAACGGGGCAAUCUCAGCUGUAUUGAAUAUUUUCAAAACAGUAGUUGACCAAAUUGUUCUUUAAAAAUUGGAGGGAGAAAAAAAUAAUCUCCAGUGACAAAAACCUGAUGAGGUUUGUUUUUAAAGGAUACAAUUACUGGAAAUGGAUCAAAAAAAGGAAAAACAAAAACUGUGAUCCUACUGAUUUUGCCUAAAUAAAUGAGCAGCUAAUGUACUAUUAAUGAGAACAAAACAUAUGUUAGGGAAUUGGUACCUUUUUAAUCUGGUGUUUUGGCCAAAGGGGGUGAGAAGGGGGAAUAUUCUGAGUUCCGAAUAUAGCUUAUUCUGUACUCCCCAAGGGUGACGGUCAUUUGCAGUUAUCUAAGCAGGUAACACACAGGAUGUAACGAGGGUGGCCUUCAGGUGACCACCGGGCUGUACCCAUCAGGCCCUCUAGCUCUCCAAAGCAAUGCAACCCUGCGUUCUCAUUUCUACUGCUGCUGUGAUGCUGCUGAACCACGGUCUUCACAAAUUGUGUGGGACAGAUUCAGCAAUAGCUCUGCCUUGAAUUUAGCAACUACUGAAAUUGGAUGCUGAUGUGGACAAAUAAUGUGGGUUUGGGUCUUGUCUCCAAAUGUGAUUGCCACCAGCUCUUUAUAUUGCUGCUGUGACAUUCUGAACCAGAGGUUUCUUUAAAUUGCGUUGCAAACUGAUCUGUUUUUAUGUUUUGUUUCGUUCCGUUCUUAUUUCUAAGUGAUACAUCUGAAACACACAGCUUUAAAUGAUUUUUUAUUGUGGGACUUUGGGUACAGUAAGAAAUAAAAGGGAAUCAUUGUGUUUAAGCAUAAGGUAGUUUGUGAAUGUAUUUUUUAAAAUCUAGAUUCAUUGGAACAAAAAAUCAUAAGAAAACAUAUUAACGCCGUCUUGUUUACAGUAUGUACAGUGACAUAACAUAACAUGAGCUUUUUCUGGUGCCAACAAAAUAAAACACAGACGUUAAACAUCAA